AAUGUACUUUUUCUAUGUGAUGGAGCAGUUUAGAAAAAUUAAUUUAUAAUAGCACUUCAGAAAAAUGUAUUUAUAAUAGCAUUAUGGGUUUUAUUUGAUAUUUGGGUAAUGUCCAGUAAACAAUGCUAAAUUUUCUUUUGAGGAAGUUUCAUAUAUGAAGCACUUUUUGUUGCACUGUGUUGUUUAUUACAGGGACAGAGAAAAAACUGUGCUCUGAAAUGUUGGAAAUUCAAGUAAAAGAAGAAGAUUUUAUGACAUAUGAUCAUGUAAUGCAGCAUGGAUAAAAUACCUUUGAGACAUUUUUCUUAUUUUGAGUGAAUUUACGUGAUAUUGGAGAACAGAUAAUAUGGGACAAAUUAAGACAUUUUUGUUUACUUACUUGCUUGGUUCAAACUAGUAAGUUUUGCAUUAACAUUCAAGUUAUUGACUUCAUGACAGAGGGGGCAAGGUAUCAUCACUGUCAGUGUUAUCAUGAUUUAUUCAUCUCAGGUUUUACCAAAAAAUGUUGACUUUUACUGUUACUGGCCACUAAACAAUGUGUCCCGUAUUCCAUUUGCAAGAAGAACUGUUUCCAACUCAGUCUACACUAAAUGCCCUAUCAUACAUUCUUGGAAAAACAAAGUAGGUUUUUUUUAUAUCUAUAACUGAAAGAAUGGUCUACUGCAUAAGUUCAGAAAUAUAUAAUGUCAUACGACACUUGCUUCAUAGAAGAUCGAUUACCAGAUAAAAUAAAAAAUUGUCUGGGAAAUAAAAUGAUUGUUAAAAUACAAUACAAGGCCGUCGGCCAACUUUUCGUUUCGUGUGUGUGUGUAUAGCGUCUGAGGUUGCGUGUACCGGUCUCUUGUAUUUAUGGUUUUAUGCUGGAAGAUUUUUGGCAAGUUACACAACGUAUCAAAAUAUGUUUCCUAUAUUUUCUGCUGGAAGUUUUUUCUGAUAAGAUCACAGUUUUAAAGUAGACAAAAACGCGCCCAUAUUGUAAUAAAUCGUUUUCCUAAACCUUCAAAAACUGUCCUAAACAGUGGCCCAAACAGGCGGAUUUAUUUCCAGUCAGGCAAAGCAAAGACACGCUCAAGUGCGCGAAGCUUCCGUCUCUCCAAUUAGAAUUGAAGACCAGGUUUCCAUGGCAACGUAAACACUGAGCUGCUGAGUUAAGCCCGAACGUGAAAACUAUUUAGCUUAAUUUCUUAAACUUUAAUUUAGUUCAUAAACUUUAAAGUGAGUUAAGAUUGUACUCUCUGAAUUUUCCACGUCAUAACACAGGAUACCGCUAUAUUUUAACUGUUGUUUCGACGUCUCGAACGUAUUUUAUACAGUAGUUGCUAUCCCAGCUAGCUAUUUCUGUGCGAAAUUUAUCAUGGAUUUUGGCAACAAACUAGAAGAACUUAAUAUGACGACAGACGAAAUAAACCGUUUCAGUAAAGCCAUAAAGGACAAGAAGUUUCGUGAGCUGCUCCAUGAGUACGCCCAGGAAAUAACAAACCCUGACAACAAGAAAAAGUAUGAGGAGGAAAUCACACAGCUGGAGCAAGAGAGGGGCGUGGAGGUAAAAUUUAUCCAUCCCAGUGCCCACCAUGUGCUGAAGACCAGUGUGAAUGGAACAGAGAAGUGCUUUAUCAAUAUUUGCUCAAAUAACCUAAUCAACAAGCCCACAUGUGAAGUCAGAAGAGCUGAAAAUGGCCAGGUUGGGCAGUGCUGGUCACUGCCAUACAGUCUAACACCUGGCAGGCCUGACAGAGACGGCAAGGGCAAUAAGUGCAUGAUAUACGAUGUCGUUUUUCAUCCAGACACACUUUACAUGGCAGGCAAGAACACAAGAUUCAUGAAACUUGUGAACAGCACUGCCACACAAGGGGUGGAGGAUGCCUUUAAAGUCACACUGGACAAAGCCAAUAUGUUAUUGAAAAAAAUCCAAUACAAAGGUGUGCCUCAGCCAGCUGUAAUACGUAAACCAAUCCCUGGUCAUCCCAGGAAGGAAGAGUCCUCUCCUCAUCACAAUGCUUUCCCUAUGUCUUACCCAGGCACUAUGCUAAUCAAAAAUCCCAAACCCCCCUCGUCUUCUUUUACCCAAAGUCCUAUCAAGCAAAGUUCUUUACUACCUAUACAACCACACUACACUAUCAAAUAUAGAUCAUUGGUGGAUUUGCAGGACUACAGAUACUCCAGAGACUCGGCUCCAAGUCCACGCCCAAAAGAGAUUGUCAUUACCAUAGAUUUACCACUUGUCAAAUCAGCAGCAGAUGUUGACCUAAAUGUGACUGACAGAAAGCUGGCUUUAGAGUCUCAAAAGCCAGACUACAAACUAGAGCUACAGUUAUCCUAUCCUGUGGAUGCUGACAAAGGAGAUGCCAAAUUCAACAAGGCUAAAAAGCAGCUUAUCAUAACUCUAGCUGUACGGCCAGCUAAAAACCCUGCUGUGGUUCAUGUUGAGGGGAAUCAGCCUAAAAGUGAUGAUAUGAUGGGGAGUCCAGAUAAAGUGGAUGAAGCAGUAUAUGAUGCAGAAGUGGUCAAAGAUGAACAGAGUGAGCUGAACAUCUCAGAUGCAAGUUGUCAAGCACAGCCUCAGGAAAAUAGGCCUGUACAAGAAGAGGAAGAAGAUACUCAUUUCUCCUCUAUGGAGUUAGAAAGUUAUAAAAUUAACUCCUUGGAAUUCAAAUCUAAACCUUUAUAUUUGGCCAGGGCAGAUGCAACACUCACCUGUGAAAUAAACAACGCUGAGACAUCCAGACCAUUGGACAAUGCUAUGAAUGGGCCAGAAAAGGGUUUCCUUCCUGAUGUGUAUAUAUGUACCCAAAAGAUGUCCUUAGAGCCUCAUGCUAAUAAAGAAACUGAAAAUAAUCAAGACAAGGAGAACCUUCCCUCGGGCACUAAAUCAGUACAACCUUCUGUCCAGGCACCUGCUGUAAAACUUGAAAACUGCACACAAUUAUCUUUUAUGGAUAAAAUAGCAAAUGGGUCACAACUCGAGGUUCCUGUAGUGGAGUCACAAAUGAAGCAGACUGCAUCGCAUUUAGAAGAAGCAUUACGUGAUGUUCAAAAUAGUCCUGCCAGCCCAUCCAAUUGGGUAAAGGGAUCUGAGGUGGAGCCAUCAGUUAUCAGUGAGGGACCAAACCAACUGAAUUCUCCAUUAGACAAAGACACUAUAAAGAGUUCAUGCAGAUUUAAAGUGAUUGGGGAAUUGACUGAAGAUCAAAAUAGCUUUGUCAAACUCAGUUCUGCCCUAGUGCCACUGAAUGAGCAAGUGGAUAAUGUUGAUUCUUCCAAACAGAGCAUAACAGAUUCCAGUAUUACCACUCCUGCCAUCCUUAGAGAGAAAAACCCUGAAGAUGGCAGCGAGGUUAUUAUUAUUGACCAUACCACUUCUGCUGCCCUCUCCUUCCAGAACUCUCUAUGGUUUGCACUUGACUAACAACAUGGCUUGCUUAAGUUUAUUUAUGGCCAACAUAUUUUAUCAACAUGUGCUUAACAUAUAUUUUAUUAGUUUAUUAUACAUUUGUUAGUGAUGUUAUAGUAAUAGAUCACUAAUGCUUGACAUUGGUACCCAUCCAAAGAAUUAAAAAUAGUGACUUAUAAGAUUUAAACAUUGAAAGUCAAUAAAUAAAAGCCAUUUCUCUGCUUUAA